GGGAAGAGCAGCCCCUUCCCCGCCAUCAAGGACUUUUGUUGGACCCGGCUGGUGUGGAGAUAAAGGAGAUUGCAGGAGCUCUGCGGGAGGAGCAGCAGCCUCAAAGGGUUAAGGGACCCGCGGGAGCCUGGAGGGAUGCUCCCACCCUCUGCCAAUCCCGGGAAUCCCUCGUGCUAAUGGAGCACUCACCACAUCAAAGGCUUCAAUCGGGCCAUCGACACCCCCUGCCUCCGGGUCCGCAGCCCCAGCUGCUCUUUGUCUGCAGGCAGGAGCGCAGCAAUGUGGCUGCUCCCCAGCUUUGGGGCCGGCCUGGCCUGGGCUCUCCUCGGCGCGGCGCUGGGCUCCCAGCUGAGGUUGCAGGAACGUUUGCUGUUAAAAUCCCUGGGUUUGAGCGCCAAACCCAGCCCCAAAACCCACGCUCCUGUGCCCCCGGUGCUGUGGCGCAUCUUCCAGAGCAGGAAAACGCUGCCUUCCACCAGCAACGACCUGGGAGCUGCCUGUAGGGUGGAGGAGUUUAACGUCCCCGGCAACAUCAUCCGCGUCUUCGCUGACCAAGGCCACUUCAUUCACCACGGGCAGCCCCCGGGGCUGCUGUGCCUGCAGAAGCGCCUGUACUUUAACCUCUCCGUGCUGGAGGAGGGCGAGCGCUUGACCAUGGCUCAGCUGGAGAUCAAAUUCAGCCACAACUCCUACCCCAGCCCCAGCCAGGGGCAGGGCUUGGACCUGAGGCUCUACCGCAGCUCCCGGCUGCCUCUGCGGGGGACGCCGGCCCCCGAACAGGACCAGAAGCUGCUGGUGGAGCGUUCCUUUGAGCAGCUCCACAAGUCCCUUGUGUUUGACCUGAGCGGGGUGGCGAGGGACUGGAGAACGCACAGCAGGAACCUGGGCUUGAUCCUGGAGAUCGCGGGGAGCGGCGGCUGCGCCAGCAUCAACUCCUUCCUGGACACAUCCCUGCUGGUGGUGACCCUCAGCCAGCAGCAGUGCAGAGGUUCCAGGAGGAGGAGGAGCGCUCAGCACCCUCCCAUCACCCCCAGCAGCCUCUGCAAGCCCCGGCGGCUCUACAUCAGCUUCAGCGACGUCGGCUGGGAGAACUGGAUCAUCGCCCCCCAGGGCUACCUGGCCAACUACUGCCUGGGCGAGUGCCCCUUCCCGCUGACCGCCGAGCUCAACAGCACCAACCACGCCAUCCUGCAGACCAUGGUGCACUCGCUGGACCCCGAGGGGACCCCCCAGCCCUGCUGUGUCCCCGUCAGGCUCUCCCCCAUCUCCAUCCUCUACUACGAUAACAGCGACAACGUGGUGCUGAGGCACUAUGAGGACAUGGUGGUGGAUGAGUGCGGCUGCAGAUAGCGGCGUGUGUGCUGCAGGCCCAGCUGGAGCUGUGGAUGGGUGCUGGAAUAAAUCCAAGUGUGUUAAAUCCC